CAGCUUCUCGUUUUCCUUCUGCAGUUGGAGCCCAGAUUUUCGGCAGCGCCGAUGGCUGCGCUCCGCACCGCGCUGCUGCUGGCUCGGCUCCUGCUGGGGCAGCUCAUCCUCGUCCCGGCGUGGCUCUCGGGUGCAGAUGCCCAGGCGGGUCAGGGCUUCAAGGUGCACCAGCCCCAGAAGGAGGUGUCGGUGAGAGUGGGGGAGACGUUGACCCUGAUCUGCACCGUGACUGGAGGGGGUCCCCUUGGCCCUGUGAAGUGGCUGAAGGGCUGGGGCAGUGGCAGUGAGACCAUUUAUGACCAAAAAGAACACUCCUCAUUCCGUGGGACGAGGGCAGUGAAUGAGUCCAACACAGACUUCACCAUCCUCAUCAGGGACGUCCGCCCCGAGGACACCGGCACCUAUUACUGUGUGAAGUUUCGCAAAAUAACCGCCAGCGAUGAUGAGUUGCAUCAGCGUGGCGAUGGCACGGUGGUGUCAGUGCUCGGGACUUCUCCAUUUCCCAGCGUGGAGGUUGCAACUGCCGUGCUCUUCUUCCUCCUCCUUAUCUUCAUCCUCAUCUUCUGCGUGUACCACAAGAAGUGUCGGGGUGAGGGGCAGAGCCAGGGUGCAGCCGGGGCACCCGCAGGUGGCUGCUCACCCAUCCCCGUCCUGUCCUGUGCAGGGAGCCCGGGGACCCCCAGCAGCAAUGUCCGGGAUGCAGAGACCCCGAGGCCACCCCAGCAGCAGAGCAGCGAGCAGAAGGACAUCCACUACGCCGACCUGCAGCCCCUGCGCGAGGCGCCACAGCGCAGCCAGAGCCCUGGCACCGACCGCUCCGAGUACGCCAGCAUCAGGGCAGCUGCCAAGUGACGCACGGCCCCGCCACGGCCCCGCCGGGGGCUGAGGAGCCAGCGCCAGGGGAGGAAACCGAGAGGUCCCUGAAGGGCACCAGAAAGAAGAAGUGUAUCUGUCUGCACAGCACAGCCGGCCCAAGAUCGGCAUCUGAACCUCAAAGCUCUCCUAAUUCAUUCCCAUCUCGGUGGCUGUGCCAUGCAGGGGGAGGCUCGGUGCCCGAGCUGCCCUGCCCGGGCUUGCAGCAGCCACCCCGGGAGCCAGCAGCCACCUCGAGUGCGGGAUCGGGGCCCCGUGCUGGGCAGCUGUGCCUUGUGCGAGCCAUGUGGUGCCGAUGGCUCCGCGAGGACUUCGUGCACACCAAACUCUGCCAGAACAGGCCACUGGAACUUGCCCUGCUCGGUGGAUCCAUGAUUUGUGUAGUGCCUGAGCCCGUCCUCAUUAAAGCCUGCUAGCAGCCGUGCUGCCCAGUC